AUGGACAAAAUAAUAGUGGAGCGCGAUGUCCCAAUAUUAAUGGACGAUGGCCUCAUUCUCAAAGCAGAUGUCUUCCGUCCAAAGGAUGAGACUCCGAGCCCAGUAAUUAUGACUCUCGGGGUUUAUGGAAAGGGGGUACCCUACCGUGACGCAUUCGCACCCCAGUGGGAUGUCUUGAUGGCAACAAAGCCCGAGGUUCUCCAAGGAUCCACGAAGGAAUUUAUGGUCUGGGAACUAGUUGAUCCCGAAAUCUGGGUACCGUGGGGCUACUCGUGUGUUCGCGUUGAUUCCCGUGGCUCCGGUCGUUCCCCCGGAAUGCUGGAUAUCUUUUCAAAGAGAGAAGCCAAGGAUUACUACAACGCGAUUGAAUGGGCCGCAGCUCAGCCAUGGAGUACAGGAAAUGUGGGAUUGAAUGGAAUUUCUUACUAUGCUAUUACGCAAUGGCUUGUUGCAUCUCUUCAACCACCUCACUUGACUGCGAUGAUUCCUUGGGAGGGUGCGAGUGAUGCCUAUCGUGAUAUGAUGCGCCAUGGAGGUAUCCAAAACAACGGAUUUUUUGAAUGGUGGUAUCCCAAGCAAGUCAUUUCAGUUCAACAUGGCAAUCCUCGAGGCUGGCAAGAUCCUUGGCUUGGUGAGAGAAGCAGUGGGCUAGCAUCCCUCACGGAGGCCGAGCUUAAGCGCAACCGCACGGAUCCAGUGUCAGACAUUUUAACAAGGCCUCUUGACGACGAAUGGUAUCGCUCGCGCUCGGCCGACUGGAGUAAAGUAACGGUGCCGUUUCUCAGCGCGGCGAACUGGGGAGGAUUCGGAAUUCAUCCUCGAGGCAACUUUGAAGCAUUUACCCAAGCUGCAUCGAAGCAAAAAUGGCUAGAUUGUCAUCCGGGUCGUCACGAAGAAUGGUUCUAUCUCGAUCAUGGGAUGGCUUUGCAAAAACGCUUCCUGGAUCAUUUCUUAAAAGGAAUCGACAAUGGAUGGGACAAGGAGCCGCCGGUUAUGCUUCAUCUGCGGAGGCCAUUCAGUCACAAAUUCGAGGAACGAAAAGAAACAGCAUGGCCAUUACCAAAUACAAAAUGGACCAAGCUGUAUCUUGACUGUGUUGAUGCAAUUGCUGUUCCUGGAAUGUCUUGGGAAAUCCCCUCCAAGUGGUCCAAGAUGAGCUUCGCCGCUCAAGGGCAUCCAUUGACAUUUCUGUCACCACCACUAGAGAAGGAUAUCGAGAUUACUGGGCCAGUUGCAGCCAAAUUGUUUGGGUCCUCAACGACGACUGAUAUGGAUCUCUUCCUCACACUCCAAGCUUUUCUCAAUGAGCGUGAGAUUGUCUUCCAGGGUGCGGCAGAUGCAAAUACGCCUCUCUCUCAAGGAUGGCUUAGAGCAUCCCACCGAAAACUUGACCCUUCGAAGACCUUGCCAUAUCGCCCCUACCAUAGCCACGACGAAAUCCAGCCACUCGUACCCGGCAAAGUGUAUGACCUAGACGUUGAAAUCUGGCCUACCAAUAUUUUGCUUCCGAAAGGAUCACAGAUAGCGCUUCAGGUUAGCGGGAAAGAUUUCGAAAGGAUGCUGCCUCCGAAGGAAGCUGGAAAUCCAUGGGAAAUGCGGAAUCCUACGAUUUGCACCCACAACCACCCUGGUGAUAGACCAACCGAUAUGUUUGGGGGCGAAUCAACUAUUUUUACGGGAGGAGAAACGCCGUCUUACAUCUUGCUUCCCUUUAUUGAGAGGUGA